AGGAAACAUCAUGUCCAAGAAGUUCUCCGUGGAGUGGUUGUCCCAGAGUUUCCAUGACCAGGAUCAUUCGCACAAACCGUGUGCAACAGAAGCGCUCCAUCUGAUUGGAGAAGUGGCGAACAAGGCCCCGUCUUCCCCUACAAAUAGUUGUGGGUACACAUCGGCCUCUGAGAGCGAUGUGGGUGAAGACAGUGAAGGAGAAUCCGGGCCGCAGCGCCGCGUCAGAACCAAGUUCACCUCCGAGCAGAUCUCGAGCCUGGAGAAAACCUUCAGCAAACACAAAUACCUCGGAGCGACUCAGAGACGGAAAAUAGCAGAAAAGCUGCAUCUGUCUGAAACGCAGGUGAAAACAUGGUUCCAGAACAGACGGAUGAAGCUGAAGCGGGAGGUUCAGGACAUGCGCGCUGCGGACUUUUUUGUGCCGACUGUUUUGCCGCCAGUGACAUCAUUUCAGCACCACGCAGUGAGCGGACAGCGCGCGCGCCUCUUUUACCCCGCGCGUGCACUGCAGCGGAUUCCUGUGCAACAAAUGCCGCAACAGCAGCACCUCCACCCGAUGCUGUUUGCUCCUGUUACUUUUAAACAUUUUCUUUGAUUUGAAAUUAUCUGUAAUCUAGAAUCUAGAUGUAAUAUAAAGAGUGCCCCAAAAGGGUUUUUUUGUAAGUAAAAUUCAGAAGCACUGUAUGUAGUUCUAUAUAAAAACAUCUAUAUGUAUGUACAUAAUUAAAUAUUGUCUUUACGCAAAAUAUGAAGAAAAUAAAACAAA